AUGCGAGCAUACGCACCAGUCACUGUUUCUGCCUUGCAGGUGUGGUUCCAAAACCGACGAGCCAAAUGGAAGAAGCGCAAGAAGACUAGUGGUGGUGGAGGCGGUGGUGGUGGCAGUGGCAGUGGUAAUGGUGGUGUUGGUGGCGUCAGUUGUGGUGGUAGUGGUGGCGGUGGCGGUGGCGGUGGUGGUAGCGUCAAUCCCAACGUCACUUCAGCCUUCAAGACGCCCUCCUUGACAAUGAACAGUUUGGCGAGGGGAUUGGAAUCGGCGCAGAACAUAUUCGUCAAGGCGAGCCAACAACCGUCAACACCACCAAGUCUGUCACUUCUCCAUGCCGCGUGCAGUAGAGCUGCCGCCCAAUUGUCACCCGAUCACCUUGGUGUCUACAAUCCACCGCCCUCCUCCUCCUCCUCCAAUCGUAUGUCGCCCUACUCAACCGCCUCCAUGCCUGCUGGUGGUGGAGGCAGUGGCGCCAGUACUGUCUACUCGGUGCCCCUCUUCGUGCAUAAUUACCCUGCACUGAGAAUACUUAGUGAUGCCAUCAUGAAUGAAACAAUUUCAGGCGCCUAUUGCAUGGAAGACCUAACACACUCAGUCAUGUUCAAGCAAGCAAUGCUGACCAGUAGUGCUCAUUCUGUCGGUGGCAACCCACCCUCCAGCCAAUCACGAGAAUCCUCCUCGCCACCACCACCACCACCUCCGCCACUGCCACUGCCACAUCCACAUCCACAUUCACAUUCACAUGCUGCUCUGCAUCACACAUGGCCGCUCUCCUAUCACAACUCGCGUCCCACCUCCGUCCCCAUCUCAGCUGCAUUCCAGUCAUCCAUCCCCGACUCCCUUGUUACU